AUGGGACAGUUUUCGGGGGGAUGCUACUUGACUUUCGCCGCCACCCUCGUGCUUCUCGCUCCGCUCGUCCCGGCCACGCUGGCCAGAGGUGCCCGAGGUGAAUCCCUGCAGCAUGGCCAGGCCGGGACGCUGCCCCGCUUCCUGGAGGAGCCUGUUGACGCUUACAUCGUCAAGAGCUACCCCAUCAAGCUCCAGUGUCAAGCUCGGCCCGCUCUCCAAAUAUUCUUCAAGUGCAACGGUGAAUGGGUGCACCAGAGCCAGCACAUGUCUCAGGAGCACACCGACCUGGGCACAGGGCUGAAGAUCCGCGAGGUGAUGAUCAACGUGUCCCGUCAGCAGGUGGAGGACUUCCAUGGCCCGGAGGAUUACUGGUGCCUGUGUGUCGCCUGGAGUCACCUGGGAACCUCCAAGAGCCGCAAGGCAGCCGUCCGCAUCGCCUACCUGAGGAAGAACUUUGAGCAGGACCCCCAAGGCACUGAGGUGCCUCUGAACGGCAUGAUUGUGUUGCACUGCCGUCCCCCAGAGGGAGUGCCUGUGGCUGAGGUGGAAUGGCUAAAAAACGAAGAGCCUCUAAGCUCUGACAGUGUUACCGAUACAAGAGGCGACCAUAAUCUCAUAAUUUCAGACGCUCGCCUGUCUGAUUCCGGAAACUAUACCUGCGUUGCCAGCAACAUUGUGGCCAAAAGACGCAGUGCCACGGCAACUGUUGUAGUCUACGUGAACGGAGGGUGGUCAUCAUGGACAGACUGGUCCCCAUGUAAUGUUCGCUGUGGUCGUGGUGUGCAAAAACGUUCCCGCACUUGCACUAACCCAGCUCCGCUCAACGGGGGAGCCUUUUGCGAGGGCAUGUCGGUGCAGAAAAGCACCUGUAACACACUGUGUCCAGUCGAUGGCAGCUGGGGAGAGUGGAGUGAGUGGUCAAUGUGUAGUUCAAGCUGCGAAAGGCAACGCAGCAGAGAGUGUACGGCCCCGGAGCCCAAACACGGAGGACGGCUGUGUGACGGGGUAGCGCUGGCGACAGACAACUGCACCGGAGGCCUCUGCACACAGAAUGGGAAGUUGCUACAUGAUGCAAAGCCACAAGGUGUGGAGAACGGCAGUGACGUGGCCUUGUAUUCGGGCCUGGCAGCAGGCGUGGUGACGGUGGUGCUGCUGAUCGUCGCUGUCACGCUUUAUCGAAGAAGCCAGAGCGAGUACGGUGUUGACGUCAUCGACUCAUCCGCCCUCACCGGGGGCUUUCAGUCCUUCAGCUUUAAGACCUCUCGCCAAGCAAACCCCCUGCUGAUUAACUCAUCCCUGCAACCUGACCUGACAGUGUCGCGCACCUACACCAGCCCCAUGUGUUUCCAGGACUCCAUUGACAAGGAGCUGAUGGCCGAGCGCUCGCUCCUUGACCCGUUACCAGAUCUCAAGGUCAAAGGGGUGGCAGAGAGGGCAGAGUACCACGUCAUGUCCCACCCUCAGACAUUUCCACGGGGCCUGGCUCCAGACUACAGAGGAGUUGCAGUGGGGACGACGCUGGGCAGGAGAAGCAAAAACCUCUUCACUCCGCAAGUCUCUCUGACUCCCAGCAGGCCUCUCCACAAAGCUACAGCAGUGUUUGGCCACACUGGGGGCCAGCUGGUGGUUCCGAACACAGGCAUCAGUCUGCUGGUGCCUCAUGGGGGGAUCGCAGAAGACACUACCUGGGAAAUGUACAUGUUCAUCAACCAGGAGGACAGCAGUUCUCUGUUCGAGGACGGGCCCGAGAUCUUUUUGAGCCCUGCAGUCACGUAUGGACCACCAGGCCUCGACCUGUCCUGUCCCAUAGCCAUGACCAUAGCCCAUUGUGGGGAGGUUGCCGCUGAUAAUUGGACCAUUCGUCUGAAGAGACAAAUGCAGGACAACAAGUGGGAGGAAGUGAUGUCUGUGGAUGAGGAGAGCACAUCCUGCUACUGUCUGCUGGAGGCCCAGAGGUGCCACGUGCUGCUGGAGCAUCCAGGCCGCUACGCCCUGGUGGGGGAGCCGCUGAACCAGGAGGUGUCCAAGCGGCUGAGGCUGGCUGUGUUCGGCAGUCUGGAUACGAGCAGCAGUCUGGGCUUCACCCUCAGGGUUUACUGUGUGGACGACACGCCCCAUGCUUUUCAGGAGGUGGCGGUGGGUGAGCGCAGCAGGGGCGGGCGACUGCUGGAGGAGCCGAAAAUUAUGCUGUUCAGGGGGAACUCUUUCAGCCUCCAGGUUUCCAUCCAGGACGUCCCACAGUUACUCUGGAGCAUCAAACCUUUCACCACCUGCCAGGAGUUCUCCUUUUCUCAGGUGUGGGCCAGUAACCAGCGUCCCCUGCAGUGUGCCUUCUCUUUGGAGCGAUACAGCCACUCCACGUCUCAGCUCUCCUGCAAGAUCAGCGUGCGACAGGUGAAAGGCGAGGAGCAGAUCCUCCAGGUCUACACGUCUGUGGUGGAGAAUGAGAAGGGAGUGGUUCCCUUCUUCACUCAGUCCGACUGCACCAUCACCUCUCAGACAGGGUCAAGGGCCUUUAAAAUCCCCCUGUCCAUCCGUCAGCGGAUCAGUGCCACCUUUGACACCGCUAAUGCCAAGGGGAAGGACUGGCGGCUCUUGGCUCAAAAGCUCCACAUAGACAGGAACCUGUGCUACUUUGCUUGUCAGGAGAGCCCAUCAUCUGUGAUCCUGAGUCUCUGGGAAGCUCAGCACCAGGACUCGGGGGAUCUGGACUCUCUGGCCAGCGCCCUAGAGGAAAUUGGCAAGGUCCAGUCCCCCACGUCCGCCACACUUGGCUGCAGCAGAGAAGAGCGGGACUCUGGAUUCACGAAACUUGGGUAG